AUGUUCAUAUCGACAGCUACAGCUACAGCACUCGCCUCUAUUGCCAUCGCCAUCCUGAGCUUGGUCGUGUUCACAAUGUUCUUCAAGCAAGACUACUUCCCCAUCGAUGGGCGGACGGCGAUCGUCACAGGCGGAUCACAAGGGUUGGGUCUGUCGGUGGCUCAAGAGCUCGCAUCUAAAGGGGCCAACGUGGUGAUUGUGGCUCAAGACAAAGCGAAACUCGAAAGAGCCACCCAAGCCAUCCAAGCACGCGCAGCGAGGCCCCAGCAGCAAAAGUUCCUCCACCUCUCCUUUGACCUGCGAUCUCCUGAUUCUGCCCCCGAAAUCCUCAGCCAAGUGACAAGAUGGAAUUCCGGCAGCCCGCCGGACCUGAUCUUCUGCUGUGCCGGGAACUGUCAGCCAGCGUUCUUUGCGGACGCAAGCAUAGAGACGCUACGGGGCCAGAUGGACACGAUAUACUGGUCGGCAGCGUACAUGGCGCACGCAGCGUUGAAUCUGUGGAAGAUACCGACGAAGACAUCCUCUCCGUCCGCUGCCCCGGCUCCUCCAACUCGUCAUCUCAUCUUCACUUCCAGCACCCUAGCGUUUUUCCCCGUCGCGGGCUACUCGCCCUAUUCCCCGGCAAAGGCGGCCAUGAGGGCCAUGGUCGACAGUCUUAAUGAAGAGGUGGCAGUUUACAACGGUGCCAGGCAAUCCAACACAGGGCCUGCACCGGACGCAGAUAUUGCGGUGCACAUUCUGUUUCCUAUGGGCAUCGUCUCGCCGGGCCUGGAGAACGAGAACAAGAUGAAGCCGGAACUGACGCUGAUGCUGGAGAAGGAUGACAAGCCACAGCAGCCGGAUGAGGUUGCCAGGAUCCUUCUCGACCGACUCAAGGCCGGAGAUUACAUGAUCACUACCAUGUUCUUGGGCCAUUUGAUGCGUGGAUGCGGCAUGGGCGCCAGCGUACGCAAGAACAUCAUGGAUCUCUUCUGGAACUGGUUGGGAUCUCUGGUCAUUCUCUUCGUCGCUCCGGAUUUCGUGGCAAAGUGCAGACGCUGGGGUAGAGAAAGGGGUCUGCAUGCCACGGGGCCGGCGAGCUAG